AUGUCUUUACUCAAUGAAUUUACAAUCAAAUUCCUUAAUGAUACGAUUAAUAUGAACUACAUGGCAGGUACUGCAGAUUUUCCUUCUGAGGGUCUCUUAUUGAACUUCACAGAUAAUUCAAAAUAUUAUCCAAACCACUUUGUAUAUAAUGAUUCAAACACAUUGUAUGUUAUCACAAGGUAUUCACUUUCAGAUGAAGAUUGGCAAACAGAUAUUGAUUUUCAUGAAGUUGACGUCACAUUCGGUAAUACAACGCUAAAAGUCCAUCGAGGAGCGUAUUAUUCAGCUCAACACGUAUACCAAAAUACAAAGAAAUUCAUGCAACAACAUAAUGGAAGAAUCAUCAUUACCGGAUUUAGUCUUGGCGCGUGUGUUUCGAGUAUUAUGACACCGAUGGCACUUACAGAUCCAGAUCUAGCUGGCAAAAAUAUUGUUACUAUUGCUCUAGACGGAGCUCCAGUGAUGUCAUAUCUUCCUCCUGAAUAUACUUCAAAGACAUUCCAUUUCAUUAACAAUGUUGAUUUGAUUACAACCAUUUCAGGACAAAAUUUAUAUGAUACAUACAGAGAAUCAAUUGAAGCAAAGAAUUUCAAAGAAAAACUUAUUGCCGAUGUGAAAGCCAUUAAAAUGGAAUCCGUAUUCUUCCAAACUAUGUAUGAUUUAUUAAUGAAUAACAUAGAUUCUCUAACAGAAUCAAUGUAUUCUUAUCAUCAGGAUAAAAAUAAGCUAAAUCUAAGAUAUAUGUGGGGUACAGUCUUACAUAUCAAGAAAGGAGUUCAUUACAACUUCUUAAAUGAAACAGUAAUUAAUAAUACAGAAAUAAAUCGAGUAAACGUUUAUGAAGCGGCCAUAAACGACCAUUCUCUUUGGAGUUUGCAAGUAAGGCUAUUAAGAAUUGGUGAUUCAUCUAUUUCUAGAAUGAUAUCGUUUAAACUAAGCAUCUUCAUCAUAAUUUGCUCAAUUGUUGUAAUAGCAUUGAUUGCAUUGGCAGUGAUUGCAAUCUAUUCAUGCUCCAAGAUGAAGAAGAUGCAGAAAGAUCAACAAUUGUAUUCAAAACUUAGUUCUUCAUUUGAACACUAA